AUGACAGAGCUCCAGACCUUGAAGGAGACGGUGAAGCAACUGAAAAGUGCAUGCCUAAGCUGCAGCCUCCAAAGGGAUGAUGUAGGAGCAGAAGACAGAGGAGAUGGGGGAAUAACAGCACCCAGAAAUGAGAGUGCAACCAAGUCUAUCAAGGAGAUGCAAAUCAAGAUGAACAAGAUGUCCAACAGCCUGAAGAAUGCUCACACUCAGAUUAAAGACAUGAAAGAAAAUGUUAAGCAGCUCAGUGAAAACUGCAAUGGCUGCAAGACUGCGUGUCCUCAGGUCAAUGCACCAUUACACAUCCUAGCGCCUAAAGACUGUUCAGACCUCAGUGUCUUGAAGCAGAUGAAGAAUGGAGUAUAUAACAUCACCCCUGACAUCAGAAACAAGAGCUUCGAGGUUUUCUGUGACAUGGAGUCCAACGGUGGCGGCUGGACUGUUGUGCAGCAGCGAAUCAAUGGCGGUGUGAACUUCAACCGCACAUGGAAUGAGUAUAAGAAUGGCUUUGGGGACUUGCGUGGGGAGUUUUGGCUCGGAAAUGAUCGUCUCCACCUGCUCACCAAGAUAAGAGACGUGGUCCUACGGGUCGAGCUGGAGGACUUCCACGGUGUCAAAGAGUAUGCGAAGUAUGACCUGUUUUAUGUAUCAAACGAAUUCCUUAAAUACCGCGUGUCCGUAAGCACAUACUCAGGCACAGCUGGUAAUGCUCUGCUUAUCGACACAGACUACAAACAUGAUCAGAUGUUUUUCACUACAUGGGACAGGGACAACGAUUUGUACCCGACAGGAAACUGUGGUGCUUACUAUGGAUCCGGCUGGUGGUUCAAUGCAUGUCUGUCAGCUAACCUUAAUGGGAAAUACUACAACAAGGAGUACACAGGGAAGCAAGAUGGAUGA